UAUACACAGUACAUCACCACAAAUAUUUAUUUCCUUAACCGGAAAGAUUCCACAAGGGCGUCACUUCAAACGGUUGAUAGUAAACCAACCAAAUCGAAGAAGAUUCGUCUUCUUCUUCAACUAUUUUUGAUGGACCUUGCUCGAUUAGCUUCCAUAUCACCUCAGAGAAGAAGAAAAUGGCUGAUUCUGUUAUCGGUUUUCGGAGUUUCGGGCUAUGGAGUUUACAAGGUUUACAAUUCUCCGUACAUCGCGAGGAAGAGGAAGCGUCUUAUGAAGCUCUUCGGUGGAAUCGCUUCCUUCGCCGAACUGGUUAUCGAAUCCGCAGAGACGAUAAGUAUCGUUUCCCGAGACUUGAAGGAGUUUCUCCAAUCGGAUUCCGACGAAAUCCCUAAAAGCUUGAAGCAGAUGGCGAAGAUCACUAAAUCGAAAGAGUUCACUGAUUCUCUAGCUAGGGUUUCCGAGGCCGUAUCGAUUGGGAUUUUCCGUGGGUAUAAUCUGGAUCAGGAAUCGAAAAAUUCGGAAACAGAAUCAGGAAUUGGAUCGAAUUCAAGUGUAGUCGAGAAAAUUUUCUCAGAUGCAGGAACUGGUUUCGUUUCCGUUGUUGUUGGUAGCUUUGCGAAGAAUCUUGUUCUUGGAUUUUAUGAGAUUGAGAGUGAUACCGAAACAAGAACAAAACCUAGAUGGAUGAGUUUGCUCUGUGAUGAUAAGUGUAGAGAGCUUUUAGCUGAUUGCAUCGAGAGGUUCACUACCUCAGCAGUAUCAAUCUACAUCGAGAAAACUUCUGGGAUCAACACUUACGAUCAGAUAUUCUCUGGUUUGACAAACCCGAAACAUAAAGAUAGUGCACGAGACGUUCUUGUUUCGGUAUGUAACGGAGCUCUUGAGACGUUCUUGAGAACAUCUCACCAAGUCUGCACGUCUUCUGAUACAGUCGAAGAAGAAGUAACUGAGAAGAAGUCAGAUUCGGUUAACGGAUGGGCAGAGGCGAUUUCGACUACGUUAGCUGUACCGAGCAAUAGGAAGUUCAUGUUUGAUGUUACGGGGAGAGUGACAUUGGAGACGAUGAGAUCGAUCGUUGAGUUUGUGAUCUUGAAGACAUCACAAGGCUUUAAGAAGAGUGUUGAUGUGGUUCAUGAAGAAGUUACAGAGAGAGGACGUCAAGUGGUUGGAUAUGUUGGUGCGAAAUCUUCAGUGAUCAUCACUGUUUGUCUUGCGGUUUACCUUCACAUUGUAAACCGGUUUGUUCGAGGUUCUCCGGUUUGCUUAAACCAGCAUUUG